GUUGAGGGAUUACAAUGCAAAAAAUGUUUUGCCUUGCAGGCUUAGCUCAGGGUUAAAUUGUCGACAUUAGGUCGUUUUAAACCACGCCCACCGGAUGUACGUAGUUGUUUCCCCGGGAAAGCUCAGUUUCUUCAGAGUCGUGAGUUUACCAAGUUGCAGAAGAGAUCAUCAAUGGAGAAAAUAACCGAGAAACUUUUACUGGAGAAAAGUUCUCCAAAAACCAGCAAACUGGAGCAAAUCAAGAUACUGGAUCUGUCUAAACUGGGGCUGAAGGUCCAGGACCUGCCAGUCAGGCUGCUGUCUCGUCUCCAGUCCCUGGAGAGGUGGGAUCUGUCUGGGAACAGACUGCAGGAGCUGCCCAAGAACCUGGAGCUGCCUGCUCUCCGCUACCUGGACCUCAGUGACAACCAGAUGGAGGAUGUCACCACUUUGGAGUCUCUGCGCAGCCUGGAAGAGCUCAAGAUGGAGGACAACCUGUACAUCACUGUGAGUGAUAAUUACAAGCUGAUGGUGCUGUUGCCCAACUUGAGGAUUUAUAACGGAAAAGAUGUCAGUACUACUGCCAACCGCAUGCGCUACGUCUACAGUAACAACCUGAGGACCAGGAUAAUUGCAGUUUGGCAGAAGAGCUUCCAUCUCCCAGAUCCCAUCACGGCAGAGAAAAUGUCCGCUUUGGAGACAAACUUCGUCAACGCUGCCCGUCAGCAGGUUAAAUUUGGACCCAGUUCGGUCAGCGACUUCACUAAAUGGAGGGUGGAGAUCCUGGCUAAGGAAUAUUUGUGCUCUUUGACACAACCAAAGGAAGAAACAGAAAGCAAAGAGUCCACCGACAUUGAAGAGAACUAUGGCACCUCAACGCCCACCAAGAGGAAACAAACCGCUUCAGAAAGCAUAAACCUGACGCCUCGCAAGAAACUGCGCUCAGAUCUUCCAGCCUCUCCAGUCGAAGACAGUCCCCGCAAAAACAGCCUACGGCUCAGACCUCAGACGCUACCCCAGUCCAACACCGUCAGGAUGAGCCCCCGCAAGACAGGUCAGCCACCCUCCACCCCCACCAGGGGACAGAUGAAGGCAGAGACGCCCAAGAGGCGCUCGAAUGUGCGACAAACCAAAGAGGACGGAGCUCGGAUGAAAGAGAACGAAGGUGUCGGCAAAACCGAGCCGCCGAGAGACGCCGAGCAGCUAACCAGAAGGAAGAGCAGCAGCACAGCACAGCAGCCGGUUUGUCUGAAGCCUCUCCACGUCCUCCAGUGCCACAGUAAACAGGACAGCUCGGAGGACUUCUCCACCCAGCUGUGGGCCUGCGCUUUCCAGCCGCUUCCGGAUUCAAACGGCGCUGGUGGAGGAAGCCGUUUGGUUGCUACCUGUGGUGGAGACUCUCUCUGCGUGAUCGACUGUGAAACCGGGAUGGUGAUGAAGAAGUACAAAGUGCCUGGCGAGGAGUUCUUCUCGCUGGCCUGGUCCACAGUGUUGAUGUCCAGGGGAGGAAAAGCCUCAGCUCAGCACUGCAGUAUCCUGGCAGCUGGGGGGAAGAGAGGGCUGGUCAAACUGAUCCACCCCAGGAACAACGUGGCCUACGGGGAGUUCAGAGCCAGCCGCAAGUCGCUGUCGGUCCUCCGCUUCAACCACCACCAGGGAAACUUCCUGUUCACGGGAUCAUAUGAUAAUAAGAUAGUGAUGUGGGACAUCGGUGGGGUGGACAGCCAGUACAACUUCAAAGUCGUUCAGCUGCUGAUGUUGGAGAUCAGUGCCACCCCCCUGCACAUCUGCCUCCCGCUCGCCUCCCCCAGCUCACACCUGCUGACCGCCUGCGAGGACGGCCUGCACUGCUACAGCACGCAGCUCGGCACCAGCAGCGCCACCAAGAGCAGGUCUAAGGAAAUGGAGAUAACUUUCCCCAUAUAUAAGAAGGAAGACGAAGAACACGACUACCACACCAUCGAUGGCCUGAGUUUUCUUACAGAUGACAUAGUGGCAUCCAAGAACGUCAUGCAUGGUUCCAUCUACCUGUGGAGCUGGAGCAGGACCAGAGCUCAGAGGCCUGACAAGAAGAACCGGGCAGUGAGUGCUGUGGUUCUGGCUGAGCUGCAGUGGGCCAACACUGAUAUUCCCUACCUGUCCCUGAACACCUGUCCAGGCCAAGCCUACAUAGUGUGUGGUGAUGACAAAGGCAGACUAUGGACAUAUCACGUCACCAACCUGCAGAAAAACGGCUUCCAGGCUGGGAAGCCCAUACAGCCCACUGAGGUGUUGGAGUGGCCGGCUCCGGUUAGGAAGGGCUUCGGCGAGGUAGAGGGCCCCUGCAUCAACAGUGUGGCGAUGGACCCAGAGCUCCACUUCCUGGUGGCCCUCAGUGACAAGAAUAUGGUGAUAGUGUGGAAGAGAGACGAGUCCUCCUGAGGAGCACAAGCUGUGAGCCCACACACGUUUUAACACAAAUUCUCAGGCUUCUUCGUUUGUACUGGGAAACAACCGAUAAGAAUUUACCAAAUGUUGGUAGGUGUGAGGUUUGUACCUCCUUCAUCAUUUUUUGAGAACAUUGACUUUUGUGUUGCUCUGUCAGAUCAGGACAGAGCAACUCUUUUUUUUAUUUUUAUUUUAUUUAUUUUAUUUUUACAUAAAAAGUGGAUGCAUGUAAAUCGGCCUUUCACUUGAAAGUUGCUGCUGUUGGGAAACGCAGCGUAGGCGGAAAUGGAAAGCGUUGGAUUGUCGCCGUGUGACACGGAAUUACUUUUGCAUCUUUAAAGAUGCAGCACAUAAAACACGAUGAUGUUUUGUUAUUAUGUGGCCACACCAUAACAACUGUUUUUACGUCUGAAUAAUUAUAGUAAUGCUGUAAUUGGACGCUGGUUGUUUGAUCGCUCUCAGCUGUGGUUUUAUUUCGGUUCUUAGCGUCAUUUGUUACGGAUAGGGUUUUAGUCCUGUUUGGCUUCUCAGCUGUAGUAAAAAGCUGCAGAUGAAUUGAGUCCAGAAUGAGAACUCCAAAUUAAUCAUAUGCUAUAAAAUAAUAAAUUAUAUGCCAGGAUUGUGUUUCUAGCUGACUGUGCUGCCCCCAAGUGGUUAAAAAAAGAACUGAUGCUGUUUAAUCAGUUCAGCAAAUUUCCAUGAAGUCAGUGGCUGUUAUGUUGGGACUUAUUUGGUGAAUGAAGUGUUUUUUUUUUAAUUUUAUUUUUCAAAUAUGAAUAUUUACCACGAAUGAACCUGCUCUGCUGUUUUAAAACCAGCAUUUGGACCUUGCUGUUGAAUGUAACUUGCUAAACGUUCUUGACAUUAAGGGACUCAAACAAAACAAGACAAAACAAAAGCCUCAGCCUGGCAGCUGACUGCAGGACACCUUCCUUCCCACGGGCUGAUAGUAGUUGUACUGUAUCUGUGUACAUCGUGUACCACAAUGUGUUCAUAUGUUGUCAAGUUGCACAUAUCGUGAUCAAAAUAAAACAAAUGACCGCAAAUGUUUGUAAAGAUGAUUCUGAGUAGCAGAAAGCAGAAGAGCAGCACAAAUAUUUGAAAAUGACUCCCGCGUUAUAAGUUCUGUUGUGUCCGGACGUUUUCCUCCAGCGUUCUGCUUAGACAGGGUUCAGAAACUCAGAGUCACAAGUCUGUAAUUCAGCGCAGCAACACAAAACUAAUUAUUAUGUGCAUUUUUUAAAAUCGCUUGU